UAUUGUCAGUUUUGCGCCGACUGCCGCGCCGAGUGAACGUAAGGGGGUGUGCUCUCACGCGCCGUCCGUCGCGACUCGAUCGCGAGGUACGAGAAACGAGCGAUACACUACGCGUCGCGAUCGCGUUUCUCGCGAUUCGCGCAGUGCGACGGAGGAAACUCGGCGGAUGAAUGCGACGGUUUGAACGAACCGACAGGAGAGAUCCGACGGAGGAUCGACGGAGGAAAGGCACGAGAGAAGAGAAGAAAAAACGGACAACGUGCACGGAGCACUUUGGUCCCGUUAGAGAAACUCGAAGCGAGGAGCAACGACGAGUGCCGAGAGAGUUCGACAGUGACGGUUCGGACUUGCGUGCGUGCGUGCGUGCGCACGCGAGUGCAAUCGCGUGUGCGCGCGCGGGUCCCCGCGUUGAUGAACGAACGUGCGAAUUAAUGAACGAGAAAUUGCGAGUCUCGCGUCGCGGCUCGGCACUGCCGAUUAGAUAAAACGGCUGUGGAGCGACCGGCCCGUGUGAAGUUUAAGCGAAUGCAAAGUCCGCGCGAGCGAGCGCCGCGCUCGGCCUGAUAAUCGAUGCAAAAACGCGGCCUUGCCUGCGGAUCUUUCAUGCCGUCGCGCGGCGGCACCGGCUUCUUUCGUAUUCGUAUCCGCGGUAACGGACUCGACGUCGCAUCUGGGAUACAAACUAGCAGAGACACAUAAUCGGCGCGUGAGAUGCUGUGAUUUUCGUCCUCGCGUGAGAAGGAAAGUGAGAGGGGCAGAGAGAGAGAGAGAGAGAGAGAAAGGGCAAGAGCUGUCGAUUUACGUCGCGCGGCUUCGCUUCCGGAGGUGCGAGGGACUUGACACUCAUUCCUGCCCAGAAAAGAUGAGAAGGUCACGAUGCUGAGACCCGGAUCCGUGGCGGGCCUGUUGGUCCUCGUGGCCGUCCUGAAGAUCGCGGACUCGAACCGCUGUCUGACAAUGCUGGAAGAGGUCAAUCCGAAAAGGGUGAUCCACUACGAGGGCCAGACUCUGAACAUUCAGUUCGAGGUGUCGAGGAGAGUCACCCAGAGGAUGGCGUCGGAGAUCAUGAAGAUCUUCCUGGUCGAAGUGCUGGGCUACACCGGCGUCGCCGUGGUCGAGAAGGACAGCAGAUUCGACGCGACUGAAGCUUUCGAGAGACUGUCCGAAAUUGUGUACCAGAGAUACACCGGGCACAGAGUAUUUCCAGAGACGACGGUAAACAUGGAGGUGUGGAUCUCACCGCAGCAGGACACGACGCCGUUGUUGAACAGGUACGACGUGAAGGAAUGCGGCUCGGUAGCGCCGCCGGGACAUUUCGGUUGGUUCGUCCCGGAAGCGCUCUCCAGGCCCGACGACACCUGGCUGGUCUUCUCCAAGCUGGAGACAGCCGGCAAGUUCGCCAUCGACGAGGCCUACCUACCGAUCGUCAAGAACUUCACCAUCAACCCGGAGACCUGGGACUACUACUGCCAGGCUGUUUUCUGCCAGCACGGAAUGUACGUGCCGGAACAGUGUCAAGGUCAAGAGCAACAGAGGCCACCGAGCUGCGCGCUACUGUUGGCUGGGUACCCUGACGAGACCGGCUUCGUGAAGGAGCAUAUCGACGAGAUGAAGCUCUACGUCAAGGUGGCGUGGGUCGGCCCGAGUCUCAGGCAUCUCAGCAAGUACCUGACGAAGGAGUACAUGCAGUUGACGCGGAACUCGUCGGCUCCCGUCGGCGACAACAGGUCACUGGUGAUCCUCCAUUACUCGCCCAGCAGCGUGAUCCCGAACGAGAAGGAAUUCGCGACGAUCGACUUCCCCCGUUGCGGCUCGAAGAACAGCACGAUCAGCUGCUCCUAUGAGACGAACCGGCUGACGAAGUUGGUGUGGGGCCGGUUGGAGAUGAUCGCGAGGCUUGCCUUCGAGGCGAUCAAUCGCGCGAAGUUCAGCCGCACCAUGUACGAGGACCUGAUCGCGCGGCGCAGCCGGGCGGCGAGCGGUGUUCCCGACGAGCAAGUCGCCUGCGACUGGCUCAAGGACAACCUCAACUACACCUUGGCCAGGUGGAUGCCCAACAACGAUAACAAGAACACCCUCUUCGUGGGUGGAAUAUUCCCCAUGAGCGGCACUUCCUAUCAGGCCAAGUCGAUCGUGGUCGCCGCCAGCAUGGCGAAACACGCCAUCAACGCCAACAACACCUUGCUGAGGGACUACACCCUCUCUUUGCUGGCCAGCGACGGCCAGUGCAAGUCGGACAUGGUGAUGAAGUCCUUCAUCGAUUACAUCGUGCACAACUAUUACGAGAAGUUGGUCGGCGUGUUGGGACCCGCUUGCUCGGAAACGGUGGAGCCGCUGGUCGGCGUGUCCAAGCACUACAAAACGGUCAUCAUCAGCUACAGCGCCGAAGGCUCCAGCUUCAACGACCGCGCUAGAUACCCGUAUUUCUUCAGGACCAUCGGCGAGAACAAGCAGUACAAGCACGUGUACCUGCAGCUGCUGCAGAAAUUCGGCUGGCACCGGGUAGCCUCCCUCACGGAGGACGGGCAAAAGUACACCGAGUAUAUAUCGUACAUGCAGGACAUGCUCAGGGACAACGGCAUCGUCUUCGUGGCGACCGCCAAGUUUCCGAGGGAGCGGGAGGUCGACGUGAUGACGAAGUAUUUGCAAGAUCUGAAGGAAAGGCGGGCAAAGAUCAUCAUCGCGGAUGUGUACGACGGGGUGGUUCGUCAGGUCAUGUGCGAGGCGUACAAGCUGGACAUGACAGCUGUUCAGGGUUACGUGUGGUUCCUCCCACUUUGGCUCCAGCAAAAAUGGUACGAUACGGAUUACUAUAAUCAGCAAGGCGAACAGGUCCCUUGUACAACGGUGGAGAUGACAAGAGCCAUAAACGGAUAUCUCGGCCUGUCGCACGCAUACUUCGCCCGGGACGAUGAUAUAAUGCAGGAAGGAAUCACCGUGCGCGAAUGGCGCACGCGAUAUGAGAAUUCCUGUCUAGCGCAGCAACAGCAACCUUCCAACUACGCCGGCUACGCCUAUGACGCCAUGUGGACCUACGCCUACGCGAUGGAUCGCCUGAUUCACGAGAACCAGAGUUACGUCUUCGAUCUUCACAGCGACCAAACGAUCAAUCGUCUCACGGACAUCAUCGGCGAGACCGACUUCAACGGGGUAUCCGGCAGGAUCAAAUUUUUGGGCGGGCCAUCGAGAUACUCCGUGAUCAAUGUCGUGCAGUUCAUCGAUAACGACACGCGAGUCGUCGGCAAUUUUUAUCCGAACAUCUCGGAGGAGAAGCACGACGUUAUCGGUGGGACCUUGGACUUGAACAUGUCGGCCCUCGUUUGGCUGUCGGAGACGAUGCCGGAUGACGGCUCGGAAGCCCCGUCGAGAUGUGUCCUAGCAGGUUUGGCGGAGCUGUUGGGUGUCUCUUGCGAAGUGGCGAUCGUGAUAGUAAACGUUAUCGGCUUCGGCCUUUUCGGGAUAAUUCUCUUCAUUGGCUUCAUCUUCAUUAAGCGAAAGUAUGAGAAGAAGGUACGGCUGCAUGAGAAGUACAUGAAGUCCUUGGGCAUCCAUAUAACGCAGGCCGACACUUCCAGCCUGGACACGUGGGAGAUCCCACGAGAUCGAGUAGUGAUCAAUCGAAAACUCGGGGAGGGUGCUUUCGGCACCGUUUAUGGCGGCGAGGCUUUCUUCCCCGAGAAGGGCUGGCUAGCCAUUGCCGUGAAGACCUUGAAAGUCGGCAGUUCGACCGACGAGAAGCUCGAUUUCCUGAGCGAGGUCGAAGUCAUGAAGAGAUUCGAGCACAAGAAUAUCAUCAAGCUGUUGGGCGUGUGCAUCAAAUGCGAACCCGUGCUCACCGUGAUGGAGUUUAUGCUCUACGGCGACUUGAAGACUUACUUGCUAGGCAGGAGACAUCUGGUGAACGACCAGAACUACGAGGAUUCCGACGAGAUCUCGAAUAAAAAAUUGACCGCCAUGGCGUUGGACAUUGCCAGAGCUCUCAGCUAUUUGGCCCAACUGAAAUACGUUCACAGGGACGUCGCCUCUCGCAAUUGUUUGGUGAACGCCCAACGAGUGGUGAAACUCGGCGAUUUCGGCAUGACGAGGCCGAUGUAUGAGAACGACUAUUACAAGUUCAAUCGUAAGGGUAUGCUGCCGGUAAGAUGGAUGUCGCCCGAGUCACUGGGACUGGGUAUCUUCACGCCAGCGUCCGACGUUUGGUCUUACGGUGUCUUACUUUACGAGAUUGUGACUUUCGGCAGCUUCCCCUUCCAAGGUAUGAGUAACAACGAGGUUCUCUCGCACGUGAAGGCUGGCAAUUCCCUCACCGUGCCGAAGAAAGUGAAGCCGUUGCUCGAGAAUUUAAUGUACUCCUGCUGGAACGUGGACCAUUCGAAGAGGCCGACGGCGCCGUACAUCGUAGACUUCCUGGCGACUAAUCCCCGCAUCGUCUCGCCGUGUCUGGACGUGCCCCUGGCGAGUGUACAGCUGGAGAACACCGGUCAACUGGACAUACAGUUGACGGAGAAUAUUCGAAAGUUCUCCCUCUCAUGGCCGUCGCAGCGUCCACCUUCCCAGGUGCACGGCUCCAAGUCCUUGGACUCUCCAACGCCGCUUUUGCUGGACUUGAAUUGCCAGGACGACGAGCACAAUUUGGACUCUCUACUGGCCGGCCAGUCCUACGAGCAGGACAGUUCCAGUCCGCUGUUGGAUCCACUGAGAACGUCAGUGCUGAAGCAAACGUGGCUGCAGGAAAAUGCCACGGACGUGAAGGACAGUCAAGCUCACAGGUACGUCAAUCUUCAACCGGGCAUGUUAAAACUGGCCGGCGAAGCCGCCAUGAACGGCAGCGCCGGCAAUAACAUCCAGAUGGAAGAGAGGACGUCUAUGCUGCACGAGAAGAAAAGUAGCGACGACGUAUCGGUGCUCUGACGCAAGUAGGCGAUUUCAUGAAGAAAUCGAGAACCAGCAAGUGCUUCCAAGAACGCGGCGCUUUGACGAGUAGAGACGAGACUGUACAAGGUCAGAGGUCACGAUAGUCAUGAUAAAGUAGCGAAUACCACCCCGGGAUGAAGCAGCAGCGGAGGACACGUGAGUAUUCGUGUCUCUGCGGGCGAAGGUGAUCGCGCCAAGAUCACACCAAAGGGUUCUUCAACAAGUACAGAGGCAGGCGAGGCGACCGGCUCCUCUGACGCGGCAUUUCAAUUGAUCGACGGGGAAUAUCAUGAAAUAUUCUCCAAAUUCCUCGAAUGUGCGAAGACAAAGCCGAAGGCGGCCUGGACGGUUGUGGUAGCCGCCGUACUGAGAAUUUUCACUUUCUCGUGAGAAUACUUAAGAGAAAGAUCUCGAGAAAAUACGGCCUACCCCCCCCCGUAUCCCUCGUGCGCCGAUCGCGCGCGAUUCUGUCUCGAACGAAAGAAACACUGCGGGAAUGAAGCCUGAGUCGAGAUACCCGUCGGGCAGCUAGAACGUAGAUUUCGUGCUGACGGUAUGCGUCUUCUUGCGGGACACUUGCACGGUGGAUAGCACAGCUGUAGCUGUAGAAAAGCCUACCCUGAAGCCAUAGGCUCCUAAGCCAGAUGUGCUCAGUAGUAGUCGAGAACAGAAAUACAACGUGGCCGUCGCAGCUGAGAAGCUGAGACUCCACGCGGAUAUCGCGGCGACACGCGGGUCGCGAUAUCGAUGAUGAAAUUCACUUCAUUGGAGCUAUUUUUGUUGAGACUGACUUCUAUCACGAAAUUAAGUCGCAUCGUCCGACACGGAUGGCCAUUGACGACACUGUCCGCCGUCUCGCACGGGCAAGUGUUAGUCAACGUACAUAAGAAAAGAAAGAAAGAAAAACAGGAAACAAAGAGAGAGAAGAGCUGCUUCUCGCAGAUGCAGAUUUCGCGACGAAGAGACGAAGUCGGUCGAAGCGUCGGGGUGCAUCCUUCAUUCGGCAAUUCUGUCGCCUUCUGCUCAACGCAUCUUUAAGACUGACUCUCGAGACAGAAGCGACGCGUCGUAUCUCGUUCUCUUCACCUACUCUUCCUGUUUCUCUUCUUCUCCUUUCUCUUUAUCCUCCUUUGUUGAUCCGUAGUUCGUUUCGGGAAGAAGCUGGCGCAUUUCAAGCGGAUGAUCCGCGGCGUUCUGCGAACCGGCCGGCUGGCGACGUUCGCGUAACCAUGACAUACCUUCUCUUUUCACUCGUCACAGGUAAACGGUCAAUGAGCGAUUCCGCUCUUAUCUUACGAUAUCUCCGACGAGUGCGCCCACGCGCGCAUGUCUGUCAGUCACACGCGUCGUCACACACCGUGUUGUUCUCUCUCGCCGCGACAUCGCGCUAAGGUUCAAUAUUAUAAGACUAAUCACCGGCUGGCUGCAUAACUCGGUCAUACACACAUACACACAUGCAGUUGCUGCUAUUUAUUGAUAUGAUAAUUUUAUUACGAUGUGUAACGAGUGGAUUUCUUGCGGAGGAUUUUUAUACGGUGUUCACGUUUCUCGUUGAGGGUCCAUUCGCAUAGCAUUCUUGUAUAAACAGAUAUAUUCCCCAGACCACAGGGACAACGCAUCGCGCACAUUUUAUACGACUACAGAGUAAACUCGCGUAAAGUUUUCGCCUCUUUCCGACACCAGUCAACAGUUCCUUAAGAAACGCUUUUCUAUAUGUUCCUUCAUUCUCGAUGUAGAUAAACGCCGAAAUAUACAUAAGACGUAUAAGCCUCUUGUUUUCGAAGUGGCGAAGCGGAGAGAAGUCUCUCUCCCUCUCUCUCUCUCUCUCUCUCUCUCAGCUUCACCGUUCUCGAAAUAAGCGAUUAAUUUCUACGUAAAGCAGAGCGUGUGCCAUUCGCUAGAUAGCUAACGCGACGAAGAACCGUGCGGCUAGUUGUGUUAAAUCCGAUCAGAAUUUCAGGAAUCGUCAUCGUAGAUUCACAGAGAGAGAAAGCUGAAAGCUGGGGUUCAUUUUCAGCGUACGCUAUCCGACACGACUGAACUAGCGGUACAAUUAUUAUAGAACGUCCGGCAGGAACGUUCGCGUAGGGCUUCAAAGACUCCGAUGUAGAAAAGUAUAUUUAAUUCUCGAUUCCAGAGUUCGCGCGCGCGCGUACAUCCGGCAGGGAUGUUGCGAGAAACGUAUUGACAAAACACACACACACACACACACACACAGUCGUUCUACCGAGGAAACACACGCGAGUCUCUCCCUCCGAUUUGCAGAAGCUUUGGAUACACUGUAGUUCAGUUUGCAAAACGAGAGACGCGUGUUUUCUCACAGACGUUGUUAACGCUUUGCCGCUCGGAAGUGCCAGAGAGCACUCUUCCGCGCCGAGAGAGAGAGAGAGAGAGACGCCGCCGGUAAGGUGUUAAACAACCGAAAGAGAUGAAAACCCCUCUCCCCUCUUCUGCUAAGUAAAAUCAAGUUUCCGUUUGCCGUAAUCUUUAAGAAACAACCAUCUGUUGUAUUUUCCCGGAUUCUCGCCGGUCUCGAGUCCGUCCAGUUGCGCGACGGACGAUCGGAGGAGGGCGAAACCAGCAGCGGGUGUUUUACGUUCAUUGCAUCACGAGGCAGUAUAUAUGAUAUAUUCAUUAAAGCAUCACUCUCAAUCCCCAACAAUCUUACGAAAAGACUUUGCGCUACGGUUAUAACUUUUCAAUACGUAAUAAUUUGCGGAAGCUCAAGUGAGAAAGAAGUAGACAGAUACAGAUUUAAAUAUAAAUGAGAAAUAAAAAAAAUAAUCGUUUAUACAUGUUAUGCAUAUACGAGGUUUUUCUUCAUUUACGUCCACGAUUUACGUAACGCUGCUCCUCAUCGAAGGUUAAAUCGAAAAAUUCCCGAGACCACUCUCUUCCUCCGCGACGCUCGACGAAGUGAGAAUUAUUAAAUAAAAUUCACUGUCUUAGAGCUUAAGGUUCGCUGCUUCAUCAAGCAUCGCCGAGGGAAAGAUGGCAUGGCUCUUCUUUCGAUUUAAAUUUGAGUAAGAAACAGCGCUGACGUGAUCGCUGUGUGAGCGCAAAUCGAGAAACAUCCUGUGUGAAAGCAGAGCGAUGCAGGAUGACAGUUUGAAGGAGAAAGAUUAUUUAUUCUGAGUAUAUUUUGCUAUUUAAGUUUCUUUUUUUAUACUGUAAGAAUAUAUAUAUAUCGGAUUUUUUUUUAUGUACAGAGACUAUGCUCGAAUUUCGGCAACAGUUACGUGUUGUACAAUUAUGCAUAUGUAUAUUAUAAGAAAGAGAAAGAUAAGCGUUAUACGCGUCGAUACAUACACAUAAAUAUUAUGUAUAUAUCGCCACGAUCGAGAAAAAUUAAUCUUCGUUGUAGUGUGUAGAGAUAAACCUUUUUUUUACUAUCCGUUCGAUCGAGGGACAAUAUUCGCAAGUGCAUUGCGACUGGUGUCUGACUCCUUGCGGCAGGUGUAGAUGAUAGAUUUCGUAAAAGAAAUUUUUACCUACGUUUGUAUAUAUCGCAGCAAAUUGCAAAGUCCUUCCUAAUAGUUAACCUCGUAAGAAUAAUCUCGACCAUUUUACGAGAUAUACGGUUAUCUUAGAGCACGUGUAAGGUCCCCUCGAUUUUACUCGCUGUACCGUUAUACCGGCGUUAUUUAUUGUCGAAUUAUUAUAUAUUGUAUAAUAUAGUUAUUGUCCAAGGCGCGAGCAAUUGAUGUCGCAGCGCACGUUCCUUGAGCGCAGAUAUUUAUUGUGCUUUUUGGAAUUAGAUAAUAUUAAACGACGUGCCUGUA